AUGUACCAUCGUCGGCUUGCCGAUAAGCAAACAGGGAAGACGAGCAUUGGGAAUAUCUUCAUUGCCGGUCUUGGGGCUGGAGUGACGGAAGCUGUUGCCAUCGUGACGCCCAUGGAAGUGGUGAAGAUUCCUCUGCAAGCUCAACAACAUUCAUUGGCCGAUCCUCUUGAAGCGCCUCGGUACCGUAAUGCUGGUCAUGCUGUGUACACCAUCAUUCGUGAGGAAGGAAUCUCGACAUUGUAUCGUGGUGUCUCUUUGACGCCACUGAGACAAGCUACGAAUCAGGGUGCCAACUUCACCGCGUACCAAGAAAUCAAGAAGCUCGCGCAUAAGUACCAGCCAGACUUGGUCGAGCUACCAUCCUACCAACACAUGAUGAUUGGUCUUAUCUCUGGAGCUAUGGGUCCGUUCUCAAAUGCACCAAUAGACACUAUCAAAACUCGUCUACAAAAAGCCAAAGCAACUCCAGGCCAAUCCUCCUUCCAGCGCAUAUUCGCGAUCGCGGCAGAUAUGUGGAAGAUGGAGGGCGUGCGGUCAUUCUACAAGGGCAUCACCCCCGCGUGCUGCGCGUGGCACCCGGGCAGGCGAUCGUGUUCGCGGUUUAUGAACGCGUGA